AUACGUUAAGUUAACGUUGGUUAAGUUAGCAACAAAAACAUAUAAACAGGAUAUUUAGAAAAAAAUAUAGCGUGAAGAAUAUGAAUACAAGUCAAAUGUCUAUGAAUGAGCCAAUUUUAGCGACAGGUGGAUAUGAUCAUACUAUAAAAAUUUGGUCACCACAUUCAGCCACAUCAGUGAAAACACUUCAACACUCGGAUUCUCAGGUGAAUGCAUUAGCAGUAAAAAAUUUUCUCGCUGCUGGAGGAUUUCAAAGUAUUCGUUUGUAUGACUUAAACUCAAGUACAAAUCCAAUAAUCAAUUUUGAAGGUGUCAGCAAAAAUGUAACAGCAGUAGGAUUCCAAGAGGAUGGUCGCUUCAUGUAUACAGGUUCAGAAGAUUGCAGAGUACGAAUAUGGGAUCUUAAUUGUCAUCAGCCGGUCUGUAAACGAAUGUUUGAUUGUCUCACUCCUGUAAACUCAGUUUGUCUUCAUCCAAAUCAAAUUGAAGUUGCAAUAAGCACUUCAUCAGGCUCUAUUUAUAUAUGGGAUAUUAAAUCUGAUAAUAACGAGCAAUUGCUUCCAGAAAUGAAUUCAUCAUUGAACUGCAUUGAUAUAAGUUCAAAUGGCAAAUAUUUGGCAGCAAUUAGUAACAAAGGAUCUGCUUAUAUCUGGGAUUUAUACAAUGAAGGAAAAGAUCAGCUUACUAAAAUCAUCCCAAAACUAAAGUUCUUAGCUCAAACACGGUAUGGUUUAAAAUGCAAAUUUUCUCCUGAUUCAACCUUAUUUGUCACAACUGGUGGUGAUGGAACUGCUCGAGUUUAUAGAACAGAUGACGACUUUCAACUUUAUCGUGAAAUCAAAAUUGAUAAAUUUUGGAUUUGGGAUGUUGUAUUCAGUUCAGAUAGCAAAUAUCUUUUUGCUGCAAGCAGUGAUGGAACUGCACGAUUAUGGAAAAUUGAAACAAAAACAAUUGAACGAGAAUAUCUUGGUCACAGUAAAGCUCUUACAGCAAUUGCUUUUCGAGAUGAAUUUGUUAAAGCAUAAAAGUAACAAAAUAAAGUUUGACUCAAAUUUGAUAAA